AUGUUAAAAAACUAUAAUGAUACUACAGAUAUUACUUCUUUAGCAGGUCCGCAAACUGCUUUUGAUACUAUGGAAUUACGAAGUAAUACUGCUCAAAAAGGUAAAAAGCAUAUUAUCUAUAUUCGAGGCGCCAGGUCUUUCAAAUGUUGUGAUGAUGAAAUUGGUAAAAGACUAUCUAAAAUACUUUUCGCUCGUCCUUGGUCACUUCAUACUCAAAGGAGUACUUUGUUUGACGAAAAGACAGAUUUAAAAAGGGAGAAUGCGAUCAAAUCAUUUUUACCUCUUGUCUUUGAACAGGAGAAGUCUUUGGUUGACAAAUGGUAA